AUGCCACAGUCACUUUGGCCACUUGUGGUGUUUGCAACGUGUCUGCUCGUUAUGGCAGGAUGCGCCAAAAGCGAGAAAAAAACGCUUCGCUCCGCCGUUCUUCUGAACCUUCAAGGCACGAAGAUGACGGGUGAGUCGCUGGAAACUGCGAUUGGCAAAUACAUUACAAACUCUGGUGGGGCUGUCGCCGAGCUAUUUUCCCAAAGACCUUUUAUCCUUGACUCGAAUGGAAGUUUGCUCUCUGCUCUGACGCAGGUGGAGAAACUUUUUUCCGAUGAACAGUCAGUUGUCGAUGUAUUGUUUCUUGCAGAAACUGCAGACGUUGCUGUUGGCGUUAGUGAUGCCUUGAAGCGAAGUGGCAAAGCCCAUUCUCUCACAAUUAUUUCAGCACACACAGCAAACCCUGCAUUAUGUGAUGUGGAGGUUAAUUUUAACACAGUUUGCCUUGUGCCGCGGGAUUCCGUGAAUGUUCGCGCUGUAUUAGAGACCGUAUCCUCUGAGCUAGCGUGGUACUCUGUUGCCGUUGUAUUUGGCAGUGGCGCGUACGGAACGGGUGUAGAGUCAGUUUUGGACGCGCAAGUGAGACUUGCGCGUUCGGCACCAACCGUUGUCACGAAGGUGUUUAUCAAAGUCGGUGGGACGUUGGAGGACGAUGACAAUGUCAUUCGCAAGGUGCUCAAGUAUCGUCCGACAGGUAUACUUUGCUUUGUGUCAGCGGCUGAGCUUCUGCGGCUUAGGGCUGCGAUUGAGCGUCUUGGAAAACAGGAUGAGCUAUUCUUGCUCGGAUCACUCGAGGCAGUUAACGUGAUUGACGCUUUGCAAGGCUCAACGCAUGCAUUUAAGAGGCAUUGGGGAGCGCUCUUUAUACCGAAGUAUGCGUCAGUUGAGAACCUCGUCUCACAAGCCUAUUUUGAUCUUCAGCACCUUGACGACUACGGUGCGUUGGUUGUGAGUCAUUUGUUUGACGCUAUGCAGGCCAUAGGGUUGGCUGGUGGCGCUUCAUCCACCGCAAUUCGGUCCGUGCGCUUUGACGGGUUUACUGGCACUGUCGCCUUUGAUGCUACAACAGGGCAGCGCGAGGAGAUUGUCUAUUCUCUUGUCACCAAGACUUACACUGCGUAUCAAUUACUCAUUACGUGGAGUCGUAACUCCAGUGCAACCAAUCCAGUCAUCAGGAACUUUAAUCCGACAGAGACAAAAGCCGUGAUUUUGCCAUCACCUCUACGUGCAGUGACGGUGUGCAUGGCUGCUGCACCCACUUGCUCCGAGGCAGAGGCUCUUAACGCAAUGGUGUACAUAUUUCUUCUUCAGAAUCGCAAGACGAGUUCCGUGCAAAGGGCGACGACGUUCAUUCCCUUGGUGCUCGAUGCAGGGCUGAGCGGGGUGCAGGGGUUGGUUUCGUUGAUCCCGGUGGCGCGUUCCUGCUCUGUGUUUGUAGGACCUGGACGCGAUCGCGUCGCGCUGGCGCUCACACCGGUCGUUAACCAAUUUGCCAUCACUCAACUUGACUAUAACACAGCGGAGGAGCUAUUUUCGGAUCGUAUGUUGUAUCCGUAUUUCUCUCGCUCUACCCCAACGAAUGCAUUUAAUUACAUGAUCUACGGGGAUGUGUGCGCGUAUUUUGCGUGGGAGCGGGUGGUCAUUGUGGGCUUCGAUGAUCAAUUUGGACGUGCCCGUGUAGAGUCGAUGCAAAAGACUAUGCGUCAGCGGAAUAUUCACGUGGAAAAGGCUCACAUGGUUCCAACCGCAGAUAAGGAAGGCCUUGUGAGCACCAUGGAGACUGUUUACAAGAAGGAUAUUGCCCGUAUUAUUAUUCUGGUCCUGCCCCUCUACGGUGAUGACGCGAAGAUUUUCUUUAACCUCUUCACGGAGUUUAGUUAUAUGAAUAAAUACAUCUUUUUUCUAAGUAACGAACUCUGUCAAUAUGCCGCGUCUCACCCCACCGAACGGAAUAAGGCUCAGAGCUCUUUUUGUGUCUUUCCAUAUGUGCUACCGAAACAAUUGGAGGCCAUCAAUAAAGAAGCUGCACAAAGUGGUCUCUACAAGGAGCAGGCGCAGAUCUUGUUGCAGAGUGGCUUUGGUGCCGAAGUGGAUCGCUGUAACCUUACCACCAUUCGCAGCGGGGAUGCGUUUGCAGUUGACGCAGCGUACACUGUUAUUGACAGCGUCAAUCGAGCAAUGAAUGCAGGGGUAAAUCUUAACCGUAGCGUCAACCUUCUGCCGUUUGUUCGAGCGACCUCGCUGAGUGGUUUGACAGGAAACUUUUCUAUUGGCAAGACAGGGAAUCGUGACGUUGCGUCGUUUGGACUUGACAUUCAGAUGAUAAAUCGUACUCUCUACCUAGGAAGGUGGAACAGCAGGAAAUCGCCGUCGUUUCGCUACACAGCCACUGAGCCUAUUGUCUGGAUGACGGGCAGCAAGGAGACUCCGGCAGACACAUUUCGUGACAUUCAUUUUAUUUUAGGCACAACGGUGACGGCGAGCCCAGGCACCAUUGUUCUCUCAGUGUUGGGCUUCGUUGGUACCAUUGCCGUCUUCGCCUUCUGCUACCGUCACUACAAGCUGCAAAAGCUGGUGGAGCUUAGCCUUCAGAGCAACUGCGUUCCCGUUACAGAGGAGGAGAUGCGGCGGCUGCAGGGUGCCCAUGCACUGAAGCCAGGAGUGUAG